AUGACCCACCUCGAAUUGCUCGCCCGGGGGCGUGCGGGCCCGGCGCCGUCGCCCUAUCGCCGGCUCUGCCAAUCGUUUGCCACGACGGCAGCCGACCCGUCUCUUGCGCGUCGGCCCGCCACGCCCCGUCUCUUGCCCGCCCCCGUCGCCCGUCGCGCGUCGUCGCCGCGUGUCCCGUUUGACACGACCGCGUGCUGCGCCCUCGUGCUCGGCUGCGGCGUCGCGGGCAACGCGGCCGCGCUGCGGCUCGCGGGGCAGGGCGUGCAGGUGACGAUGGUGGCGGCCGCGCUGGACCCGAACCACUGCGCCACGUUCUACGCCCAGGGCGGCAUUAUCUACAAGAGCCCCGACGACUCGCCCGCGCUGCUGUCGUCGGACGUGCACCGCGCGGGCGCCGGCGUGUGCGACGACGCGGCCGUGCAGAAACUCGCGCGCGAAGGCCCCACGCGCGUGGAAGAGCUGCUGCUGGAUGUGGCCGACGUGCCGUUCACGCGCCAGGGCGACGGCGCGCUCGCGCUCACGCUCGAGGCGUCGCACAACCGCGCGCGCAUCCUCUACACGGCCGACCACACGGGCCGCGCGAUCUCGACGAGUAUGGUGCAGGCCGUGCACGCGCAUCCGGGGAUUACGCUGCUCACGGGCCGCAGCGCGUUUGAGCUCGUGACGAACGCCGCCGGCGAGUGCAUUGGCGCGCUGACGGUGUCGACGGCAGGCGACGUGGAGUUUUUCAGCGCUGCGUUUACGCUGCUGGCGACGGGCGGCGUGGGCGACGUGUACGAGAACACGUCGAACCCGGAAGGGGCCCGCGGGGAAGGGAUUGCGCUGGCGGCCCGCGCCGGGGCGAAGCUCAAGAACAUGCAGUACGUGCAGUUCCACCCGACGACGCUGUAUAUGCCGGACGAGCGCCGCUUUUUGCUGACGGAAGCGCUGCGGGGAGAGGGUGCGAUCUUGCGCGACAAGAGCGGCCGCGCGUUCGCCAAGGACUACCACCCGGACGGCGAGCUGGCGCCACGGGACGUGGUGGCCCGCCUCAUUUUGGCCGAGAUGGCAAAGCAGAACGACGUGUGCAUGUACCUGGACAUUUCGCACGAAAAGGCCGAGUGGAUCAAGGGCCGGUUCCCGACUAUAUACCAGCACUGCUUGGACCGUGGGAUCGACAUGACGAAGGAGUCGAUGCCAGUGGUCCCGGCCGCUCAUUACCACUGCGGCGGUGUCGAGGUCGACCUGCACGGCCGUACGUCGGUCGCUGGUCUGUAUGCUGCUGGCGAAGUGAGCUGCACGGGUCUGCACGGUGCGAACCGUUUGGCUUCGACUUCGCUGCUGGAAGGACUGGUGUGGGGCUGCAGUGCCGCUGACGAUUUCAUGCAGCAGCGCAAGCCAUUGCCCGACGUGAAGAGCCGCAGGGAGGCGGAAGACUUGUUGGUCCACUUGAAUGGCUUUCGCGACGCGUACCCGAACGAAGUCGAGGAGGUGAUGCUGGCCACGCAGCGCAUCAUGUGGGAGUCUGUGGGGCCUGUGCGCACGAAAGCAGGCAUGGAAAGCGCGGUGAACAAGCUCGCACUGCUCGAGGUCAAGGCGGACAAGCUGCACCAGGAGUGCCGCAUUACCCGCGAGACUGCGGGGCUGCGCAACGCGGUCCGUACCGCCAAGGAGAUCGCGUGGGCGGCUCUGCAUAGCCCCGUGUCAGUGGGCACGCACUACAUUUCGCAGGAUUAG